GCCCCUGAGUGCGGAGCUUUCUUUUCUUAUUCUCAAAGUGAUCUCCCGCUUAGUCGCUCUUGAGACGUGCCCGCGUAGACAUACCCAGACACAGUGCAUGUGGCCACCAUAUCAGUAUACACCCUCAUAUUGAAUUAAGACAGUUUUGUGAUUUUUUUUUCUUAAAUUAACAAACAACAACAAAAUCCCCCAAAAAAGGAACCAAAAGUUGUGCCCAAAAUUCGGAAUAAAUAAUUUACAAGAAAUCAAAUCCGUCCAGGAAAGGAGAGAGGGAUGCAAUAAAAUGAAAUGAUAGAGUGUUGUGAAUGUGCCCAAUAAUGCAAUUCUUUGGAAAAAACUAAAGCAACAGCAAAGUCGCGGAAAUGCCGGAGAAGGAGGCAUCUUUCUUGCACGAUCAAGUGCAAAUUCAUCCUCUAUUCCAUCAUCAUCCCCACCAUCCACAUCUCAACCCCCAUCAUCUUGCGCAUCAUCACAUUAAUGGUGCCGGUGGGGUUGCAGCUGCAACAACCCCAUCAGCAUCAAACUACCAAGCACCCCCACCCCCGCCACCACCGCCGCCCUUCCCAUCGGCAUUUGUGGCCUUCCAUUCAGCCGCUCUUGAUCAUCAUCAGCGCACCGAAGGGGCUCAAGCACCCCCAUCUAGUGGAAUCUAUCUCUGGGAUGCAGCUGUUGCUGCUGGAGCUCCAUUCCAUCAUGGCCUCACCAACACAUCGAAUUAUGCGGAAUUCCAACUCCUUAAUGCCUCAAGGCGUGUUGCGGCAAUUAGUGCAGCCGCAUCGGGUACCCCAGAUGUGGGUGCUGCUGGGGUACAAGCAACAGCAGCAGGUACAACCCAAACCACGGAACCCGUUGCAACAACAUCCGUAACAACCCCAGCUGACUUUCAUCCUGCCUACCGAAUUGCUCCUGGCUACAUGGAGCACCUGUAUAGUUUGCAACACGCCACCAGCCCCACGGCAUCAUUGCACGGAUUGGGCUUGAGUGCGGACUUCCUGGCUGGUCGUACACCCCUUUCGGAUCUCCAUGCUGCCAAUUCCCUGGCCAGUGGGGAUUUUCACUUCAGCAUAGACGGGAGUAGACUCAGCACCCCACGUCCAGGAAGCUUGAGGGCAUCCACAAUGAGCCGCAAGAGGCCCCUUUCGUCAUCCCCGUACUCCGAUAGUUUCGACAUUAACUCCAUGAUUCGCUUCUCCCCAAAUAGUUUAGCUGCAACACUCGUUGGGGGUUCACGCGCCUCCUCGGCGGCUGGGAGUUAUGGGCACCUUUCGGCGGGAACAUUGAGUCCUGCACUGGGGAUGCAUGCUGCAAUGACACCGCAUUUGCAGCAAUUGCAGGCACAUUUACUCCGAUCCGCAGCUGGGGGUCUCCUCCAUCAUCCACCACCCACAACGUCAAUAUUCCCAACACUCCCCCCAGCGGCGGCAUCAACAACAGGAUGGCCAUCUGCGGGACUUCUUCGUUCUGAGGAUACCACACCGCCUGUUACUUCGAGUGAUGCUCAAGCUCGGAGGGCACACGAGCAACCUUCGAGUAGUACGCAGGUGGCACAAGCUGAGGCCGAUAGUGCUUCGGCGGCUGUUGCAAAACGUCGUCCAGCACGAAGGGAUCAAGCUUCCGUUCCACCAGCAGAGAGCCAACAGCAACUAGCUGAUACAACAGAUCUCAAGGAUGAACCGGGUGAUUUUGUGGAAACAAACUGCCAUUGGCGUGAUUGUAGUUUGGAAUUUGGGACACAAGCUGAACUGGUGAAGCACAUCAAUAACGAUCACAUUCAUGCCAAUAAGAAGUCCUUUGUCUGCCAAUGGGAUGAAUGUUCACGCGAUGAGAAACCCUUUAAGGCGCAAUACAUGUUGGUUGUGCACAUGCGGAGGCACACCGGGGAGAAGCCACACAAGUGUACGUUUGAAGGAUGCUGCAAAGCCUAUUCUCGCUUGGAAAAUCUCAAGACCCACCUACGAUCGCAUACGGGUGAAAAGCCCUACAUGUGUGAAUAUCCUGGCUGUAGCAAAGCAUUCAGUAAUGCAUCAGAUCGGGCAAAACAUCAAAAUCGUACACACAGCAAUGAGAAACCUUACGUUUGCAAGGCUCCAGGAUGCACAAAACGCUACACAGAUCCCAGUUCGCUGAGGAAGCACGUCAAGACGGUGCACGGAGCGGAAUUUUAUGCAACGAAGAAGCACAAGGGUCAAGAUGGCCCGCAUAACCCACCUGGGGGACACGAUGACGGCGGUGCAGCCGUUGGUUUGGACUCAUCACCCCGAAGUGAUGAUAUGCAGAGCGGCAAGACAAAUAGUUUGUCAAGUCCGAGCAUUAAGAGUGAAUCAGAAGCAAAUUCCCCUGCUUUACCAGCUGUACAGUGUGGUGGUUUGGAAGCAACGAGCGAGUAUGAUGCUCUUCUUCAGGAUACUGACCCAGCAUGGCCGUAUGAGGAUGAAGAUGUUGAAGCAGCUGAUUUGCCUGUUGUUUUGCGUGCUAUGGUGGGUCUUGGUGGUCCGGGGGUUGUGAGAAGUCGCUUCCGAAGUCCCCGGCUAGCUACAAAGCCCCUCUUUGCACCGGCACAACUAUCAAAUAUCCCCGAAACUGCCAUUGGCAUUGGGGAGCUAAAUCGUCGCAUUACGAACUUGAAAAUGGAACCUGGAACGGAAGUCAAGACAACGAGGAAGGAUAGUGCAACGAGUGUUGCUAGUAGCUACUACGGGUCAAUGCGAAGUGCAGACUUUAGUCGUCGCAGCAGUCAGAUCUCACAUACAUCCUCAACGAAUCGUGGUGGACAGGCGCAUUCGCUGUACGAUCCUAUUUCACCGGGAAGUUCAAGGAGAUCAAGCCAGUUGUCUACCACAACAACAGGUGGUCAGAGUUUACCACCAGCUCCAUCGUCGCAUCUCCUAACAGCGCAUCUACAGCGUCUUGACACAGCCCGUCCACCUAGCCAGCAUCCAAAUGAAGAAGUUGUUCUCGACGAGGUUGCCGAAGGGGAAAUGGUUGAGGCAAAACUCGUUAUUCCCGAUGAAAUGCUUCAAUACCUCAAUCAAGUACAGGCUACACAGCCACCAGAGGAUUCCCCACCGGCUAUACCAUCGGCACUCACAAGCUGCGACUACCUUCCGCAAUUCAGUGAGAUUGCUUCUCUCAGCAUGUCAAUUGAUGAGGCAGCCCUGGCCUUCCAGGAGGCUAAACAAACUGAAAUCCAAUGCCGUGAUAUCAGUCAAUCCCAAAUGUCACCUGCUGUUGCAGCCUUCCCCGAGGAACGUGUGCACAACGGAAUGCGCCAGGAGGUGUACCAAAGGACACUUGAGUACGUUCAGAGUUGCCAGAAUUGGACAGAGGCCACAGAUGCUGCAGUUACAUCCAGUACACAUCCAUCAUCAUCAAAUAUGAUCAUUAAUGAUAUGAGUACGUCACUUAAUAGUUUACUGGAGGAAAAUAGAUUCCUCCAGUUGAUCAAUCAAUGAAAACCACGUAAAAAAUUUAAUUUUUUAAUAAGAAAAAUUCAACUAAAAGAGUUCUUUUGAAAAACCCAGAAAACAUUUUUAAAAAAUUGGCAAAUUCUUUGUUCUCAUAACUUCUCCGGAGUAAGAAAAGGAGAUCAGACAAACAGGCAUGAUAAUUCUGACUGUUUAUCUGCCAACAGGCUACAGGCUGAAUUACUUUUUUUUUCACUAAUUUAAAAACAAAUUAAAAGUAAAGUUAAAACAAUUUUUAAUUUAAAAAAACUAAAUUUGUUUUAUUCAAGACUUAAAUAUCCGUUCGCUCGACUAAAGUUGGAGACAACGUAAAACAACUGAAAAGCCUGGAUUGAAAUGCCAUAAAAAUAAUUAAUUAAAAAAAAAGAACCCCACCGUAUUGGGAGUAGUGCCUUAUUCCCCGCAAACACCAAUAAAGUGCCACAAAAAAGAAAGAAAAAAAAAAGGUUUGUGAGGGAUGUUUUUUUUGUAAACCCCAACACCUCGAAGAAUGCGACUUAAUACUGAUUAGGAUUUUUUUUACAAUACAAAAUAAUUUCUAGCAUCUAACUCUGAGUAUUAAGACUGUGUUUUUUUUACAAUUUCUUCCACUACUUAAUCGCCCAGCAUUUUUUUUAUUAUAAAUAAAAAAGAGAAUUAUAUAUUAGAGGUAAUGUGCCUUUUUGUAUGCAUUUACAGUUUUUUUUAAAUAGAUUUUAUUAUAAAUUAAUGUAUUUUUUAAUUUUUAAAAUUAAGGAGAAUACUGUAACUGAUACGAGUUAAGAAAUUAUCAAGUUGCUAAAUGUACUUUGAGACAUAUAAUGAUGGAUAGAGCUUGUAAUUAGAAAAUUAAGGAAAAAAAAUAUAUUGUUAAAUAAAUUCAGCAAAAAAUUAAUAAAAUAAAUGAUUAUAAAUUCGGACAA